AUGGAAUAAUCAAGAACUGAAUAUUCAGUAUAAAUUACAGUGUGAAUUUCUGCCAAGAUUUGUGGCACUAUCUAGCUGUCUUUUUGCCGGCGUAAUUCUUUUGAUAGCGCCCUCCGUAUAGGCUGCCAUAUUUAACUUUUUGGCCCCUCCUUUAGCGUAGUUACUACUCUGGUGGAAGGCCUGAUAGUAAUUAGUAACUAAUACUUACCAUCUAGGAUAUCCAUGCUGGAUGGGAUGGCUGCCAGCUGAGGGGUCGUGAAGUAUAUUAAUGUUCGCAAUUCAUGCAUCUUCUCUGGAGGGUAUCAGCCGUGCUCAUAUGAUUAUACGUGUGCAGUAACAUAUUCGCCAAUACACAAACCCUGAUACGAAAUAGCACAUACAUUCGUGAGCAUGCCUACUCCAACCAUUCAAGUCUUGUGCAAACAGGACUUCACCCAGCAGCACAUCGUCUCCAUCCCUGAUACAGAGCCGCUCCCGCCACUAUCCCCAUCCUCAGUGCGUGUCAAGACAUACAUAUUUUCUCUCACAGCAAACAACGUAUCCUACGCAAAAGCGGGGCAUCUUUUUGGUUGGUGGGACGUCCACCCUCUACCUCCCUCGAUUCCCGAGCAAUUCAAAGACGCGGAGAAAUACGGCCGCAUCUCAGCGUGGGGAUACGGGGUCGUGAAAGAGAGCAACCGCGACGAUCUCCCGAUCGGAAGCCUCGUGUACGGCUAUCUACCCAUCGGAACGCUGCCCGUCGAUCUGGAACUAUCACCGUCCACCACCGUACCUGGCAAAUUUCAUGAAUCUAGCCCUGCCAGGGUGAAGCAGUUCCCCGUAUACAACGAGUACCUAACUCUAUCGCCAAGUCAAGCCUCCCUCCUGUCGGAUGAGCGCCGGGGUUGGGACGCCCUGCUGAGGAUUCCUUUCUCGGUAUCGCAUAGGCUCAACCGCUAUGUUUUUGCGUGGGACGAGGCCAAUCUAGCUCCACCAUCGACCUUGGAGCUCGGUCCCACUCCCCGUCCGCCAUGGACAAUGGAACAUGCGGACAUGAAAGAUGCCGUUGUUAUUCUGCUCGCUGCGUCUGGGAAGAAUGCAACGACGUUCGCUCACCAGUUGAAGUCUGCGCGGCCCGCGGGAUCGCGGCCGCGGAAAGUUAUAGCUGUCACGAGCCAGGCGUCCAAGGCAUUCGUGGAAGUCACUGGGUUCUAUGACUUAGUCUGCUUGUAUGGCGAUAUUAUACCUGGGCGCGUCCCUGAUGCCAUCACCGGUACCCUGGAUAAAGACACUAAAGUGAUUGUGUGUGACUUUGGGGGCCGGGGCUCAUGCUUCACAGAUUUGGUCACCGCAUUGAAACCACUGGCUAAAACCGUCCUCCCUAUCGGUAUCGGGUCAGAGCCAAAGGUAACUACGAAGGAAGAGGUACUUGAGAGGAUAUCACGCAGUAUGGCUAUUGGAAUGGUUCAAGUCAACGCGUCGGACGUUUUUGCGGAGGCGGCGAAGAAGGUAGGUAAGAAGGAAUUUGAAGACGAAUUCUCAAAAUGCUGGGGCGAAUUUCUUGAUGCUGGAGGGGUUCCUGGAUUGAAGAUGGAGGUUGGAGAAGGAAUGGAUGCUGUAGGCAAAGGGUGGGACAAGAUAUGUUCUGGUGAACUCGAGCCUGAAACUGGCUUGGUGUUCAAGGUCUAGUGGGAGUUUUCAUAAACGGAUAUGUAGGAGAUAGUACCAAGGUCCUGUUCCAUGUAGUUAUUAAGGUACCUAUUUCCUUCUGUGUAAGCUGGGGGAGGGAAAUCCGAUAGUAGAAUGACCUUUGGUUAUGGAAAUGUCGCAUCACUCUAGCAAUAUGACUCUCAUUUCAAAAUCUUCAACCUUUGGUAUUUAACAUUGUUAGGCACCAUAGCAUGAGGAGGUUCAGAUGCCUAGAGCCUUACCGACCUUUACAGGCACAGAGACACGAUUGCAUGAAUAUUGUUGAAUCGAGGCCGGUCAAUUAAUUAGCAGUAUAAAUAUUUCAACGACAGAAAUCAAUCUCAUAGCACCCUGCACCCAACCCAUAAAUGGCUUACCACCGCAGAGUUCGAAGCUUACCUAUUUUCUCGCAGAAACCCUUCUU